UCAGAUGCCCAAACCGGUACCCCGCCCGCUUACCGUAAAGGGCUCACUAAUUAUUCUCAUCGCUUCAGUCUGCAAUCCAUCCAAACCGCCGUCUUUUACCGGUCGCACGACGGCGUUCGCAGCCGGCGACUCUCUCCGCCGUCUUCAGCUCUUCCAUUCCAAAUUAACUGGGAAAUGCAGCCCCUAUUAAUUGUCUCGGAGGAAUCUCAAUUUCUUCUUCGAAUACUGAAUGGGAGUUUUCAAACGCUAGACUUCAUCAAAGACCGCGUUUUUCACGCUUUUGCCGAUUUAUUCUGCUCGAAAGCGAAUUUGGAUGUUAUCGACAUUAGACAAGAUAAUGUAGUGCAAAGUGUGAAUCGGGAGGAGCAAGGAUCCAAAGAUUGGUUGUCUAAGGGGAACGAUUCGGAUCAGGAAGGGGAUUCAAGAGUGGGAUUCAACGUGUUGGAUGCGAUGUUGAAGCAUAGUCUGGAUCGUCUGAAGAGUAUGAGGGAAAGAAUAUCCUCAGCGGAAGCAGGCAUUAAUAACUGCACCUUGGAAAUAAAUUUCAAUAAAGAUGCAUAUGUUAUCAGAGCUAUGUGUCUGGAUGGUAAAAUGGGGGCAGCUUUAUCUCUUUGGUUCAACAUGAUACAGAAUAGUAUUGUCCCUGAUGUUAUCACACACAAUUACCUCAUCAAUGGACUGUGCAAAAACUGUGAAUUGGAGAAGGCAGAGUGGAUAGUUAGAGGUAUGUUAUAUAGGGGUCCUUCUCCCACUUGUGCUACGUACAACUCCUUAAUAAGGGGUUAUUGCCUCAUGAAUGACGUUGAUAAAGCUCUAAGCACGUUUUCUACCAUGACCAACCAUGGGAUUUUACCAAACAGAGUUACUUGUAACAUCCUUGUUCAUGCGCUUUGUAAGAAGGGUUUGUUGGAGGAGGCGAAAAAGCUUUUUCAUAAAUUACUAAGCAAAAAUCAUAACGGGAGGAGCUCAGAUUUGAUUACAUCAACCAUAAUGAUGGAUGGUUGCUUUAAAAAUGGAGAUACUGAUCAAGCUCUUGCUUUUUGGGAGAGGAUGUUUAAAGAGGGUGUCCAAGUUGAUAAAGUUUCUUACAAUGUUGUUGUCCAUGGAUUCUGUUUGAGCCAUGACGUGGGCACUGGAUAUAAGUAUUGUUGUGAAAUGCUAAAGCUUGGGUUCGUUCCAGAUGUCUAUUCUUACAACACUCUUGUUGGAGCACUUUGUAAAAAAGGAAAGACCAGUGAUGCUUGUUAUAUCUACGAUGUUAUGACAAGAAUGGGUGUCAUCCCAGAUCAAAUUACAUACAAAAUGAUAAUUCAGGGCCUUUGUAUUAACAGGGAAAUUGAUAGAGCCAAUUGUUUUCUUGAUUACAUGUUAGAGAAUUCCAUUAUACCCGAACCACUUGUUUGGAAUGUUAUAAUUGAUGGUUAUGGAAGAUUUGGAGAUAUACAAAAGGCUUCAUAUAUUAGAGACAAAAUGGUAGCAUUUGGUGUUCUACCAAACAUAUAUACAUAUAAUGCAUUAAUUUAUGCACAGAUAAAGUCAGGAAAUAUUUUAGCAGCUCAGUCCUUGGAGAAGGAGAUGCUUUUAUAUGGUCUUACCCCUGAUUCAGUUACUUACAAUUUGUUGAUUGGUGCUGCUUGUAGUCUUGGCCUGAUUCACUCAGCACUUCAGCUACAUGACGAAAUGUUGAGAAAAGGUUGUCAGCCAGAUGUAAUUACUUACAGCGAACUACUUAAGGUGUUUUGUCUACAAGGUAUGAUGAAAGAGGCAGACAAGCUCUUUGGGAAGUUACUGGCAUCUGGUUUAGCUGUUGAUCAUGUUCCCUUUCUAAUACUCAUGAAAAGAUACUGCAGACUGAGAGAAUUUGAUAAAGUCUUUGACCUUUACCAAAAGUGGUUAGUGACCAUGCCCAGAUGAGAAUAUCUCUCCAAGGGUUAUUGUGAAGUUAAGGGCUACUCUAUAUGUAUUUAUACAAGAAGAGAAAGCUACUUCAGACUUUCGCACCUGGUUGGCUGGCAGAUUUUAGGUCCAGAAGCAUUGUCCUCGUAGCAGGAGUCGUCUUUGUCACCGGAGGUGGAAGUGCAUGCAGGGUGAAGCAGUAAUUGCAGCUUCUGUCAAAUUGUGCUGAAGAUUGGUCAGUCCUCUACCAAGGAAAUUCAAUUGGCACCUUGUGAGUAGGCGUUCAAGUCCAGUGGAGAUUAUCAAGAUGUACUGACCAGCAGAAUUUGCUUUUUACUGCCAGGUAUUAACGAUGAGGAAAAGCCUUUAUCUAAUAAGCUGAAACGUUAUUGGCGCGUUACUGGUGUAUAAAUUAAGAAAGCAGCUAUAAUGUUGGUGACAUGCUAGUUAAAUGCCGCAAGUCAGUUCACUCACCAAAUACCAAAGGUGUUUCUGCCUUGAAGAGGGCAUUAGGUGUUGGAAUGCAUGAAAGUAAUGAGUCACUCCAAUGCGCAGGCUGCAUUCUUUGCGUUGUCUCCUUUCAUAUGCAAGUUAUUUUGGAUAUGGUUGAGGAGUUUAAAGUUGUGUAUUUCUGUCCAAAUGAAAAGCCCCUGGCAGACUUUUAUGUUAGAAAGGUGAAAGAAUCUGAAAGUUCGAGGGUGAACCAAUGUUGGACUUUGCUCUAAAGCCAGAAAUGUACUAGUCAGCUUUUCUUCGUAAAUGGAGGAUCGAAAGCAGCUGAGGCUACUAACUAUUGACCAUUGGAGAGCGAGGGAGUUUCUUUUUAUUUCGCUAGUCCUCUUUGCGCUAUUUGGAAUGAGGAAAUUAGUGAGUAAAAGAAGCUAAUAUUGACCUUGUGACAUUCUUGAGGAAAAGGUGGAAAAUAAAGAGGGAAAUAAAUGUGACUUCAAUUGCGCGCUUCUCUUAUAGACUCGACUCAGUCGUCAAAUGUGGUGAUUGGUUUGAAAGAACAGUAAAGAAGCCAGAGCUACUAUAAGAAAGAUGCCGCGUUUUAAAGUUUUAAGAACUAUCUGCGACGUUAUUAGUUAGAUUCUUCUUUUUCAUCCUAUCCAAUGGACUCUUUGAAGUUAUCUUUGCCAAUCGAGAACAAAGUCAUUUUAAAUUC